UGUUUUCGUUUUUAGGGCUUGGUUUUUUUGGAGUCAAGAAAGAGUAAAGUGCAAGCUCACUUCCGCCAUUUUUUGAGUUUCCAAGUUUUAGAAGAGAGAGAAAAUAUGUCGGAGAUUGAAACCCAUAACGGAUUUCAAAUUGAUUUGGGAAAUCUUUUGGCAUAUAACCCUAAUCACCAUUUCCCUUCUAUCCCUUCUUCAAGGGAGGAAUUGGUGAAACAAUGCCUGGAGAAGGGAACAGAGUUAGCACAAGCAAUUGCAGAUGCCCUUUUCACCUUGCCUGCUAAUGAAGAUGUGGAUGGUCCCAUUGUCACUUUGCCACCACCAACUACUAGACUUCCCAGGCAGAAACAUCUCCCAAGACCAAAGCCUCCAACAAAGUGGGAGGCGUUUGCACAGAAGAAGGGCAUAAAGAAGCGCAAGAAAGACAAAAUUGCAUACGAUGAAAGGACUGGUGAUUGGAAGCGCACUUAUGGGUAUGAUCGUGCAAAUGAUGCAGAUGAUGUGCCCAUCAUUGAUGCCAAGCCAAAUGAUGAGCCUGGAGUGGAUCCUUUUGCAAAGCGAAAAGCUGAGAAGAAGCAGCGAGUAGAUAAUAACCAGAAGAAUCGUGUGAAGAAUCUAAAAGAAGCAGCAAAGAGUGGUGCCCUGCCGAGUCAUGUUCAACUAGCUGCUACAUCAUUGCCCAUUAGCGGAAGUCAGGCUGCUCCAAAGAAACUGACCAAGAAUGAGCUCGAGGAGAUUGCUGGUGCCGCAGCAACUUCCACAGCUAGUAUUGGGAAAUUUGACAAGAAGUUACCUGGAGAAAAGCCUUUAAAAAGCAAAGGGAAACAUAGGAAGUUUCUACCUGUCGCGCAAGGAAAGGGUAUGGGCUCACAGGAAAGAGAACAAACUGAUAAGAUUUUGAACAAGCUUAUGUCAAAGCAUUCUCACGACUCACUUAAUGUUAACAAGGCUGUUAGAAACAUUAAUUUGCAGAAUGAGAAGAAGCAGCAGAAGAAUAAACGAGACAAGGGAUCAUCCUCAAGCAAGUUGGACGCAAAGAAAAAAUCUUUCAAGAAAUCACCGUACAAAGGAGCAUCAAAGAAGGGAUCAUCAUUCUCAUCCAAAUCAAAAUCAAAGUCAAAAUCAUCUUAGAGCUGAUUGAUCUUUUCUAGCCACAAAGUUAUCUCAUUAGGUUCCUACUCUGAGUGUAAUUUCAUACAUAUUUUGUAGUAUGAGACAUCAAAAUUUUGGCAACUUGGGAAAUUAUUACUUGAGUUUGUUUGUUAAUUCUCGCUGUCUCCUGUGCUUUCUCCAUAAAAGCUUGAGAUACUGGCAAAUUGGAAAUAGCGACAUUCUGCAGCACAAUAUGGAUUCUUCUAAAUGUUUGGUAAUGCACUAAUGCUCUAUUAAAGUA